CAUUCAAAACAACAAUAAAAUACUCGCUGGUCGACUCAGAUGUCAGUGAACUGUUUCAUCCUAAAAUUAUCAACGAAUUAGAAGUUCUAGUGAAAGAAAGGGCUAUCAGUUGAUUUCAACAGAAAUUGAUUGUCAUGAACCGAUAAAUAGCAAUCCCCUUCACUAGCCUCUUCAACACCUUGUUACACCGUUGGAAAUGGAUUGUAAUUCCUCAGCAUUCACUGACAUUUCAAAGUUUGUCGAAUUUAGUGACACGAAAGAAUAUUUUGGAAUAAUUGAUUACAAACACUCCAUUUACAGAAUUUCACUACAAUGCCCAGAGUAUCCUUCGAUGAAAAAUGCGAACGUCAAGAUCUUCAAGGAUCUGGCCGAUUUUACUUUUGAGUUUAGCGAAUCCGAUGAAGUCAAUGAAUUUUUCAACAAAUUUAAUGUGGCGGUGAAUGUAUGUCAUGAAGGACCUGUAAUCAACGAGACUACACUACAACGUAAACGGAACGACAUUCUGACCGAACUAACUCUUUUAAGGAGUCAACACACGUACGACAUAGCGGUCGCUUCCGAUUUCACUACGAUUCGAUUUUCCGAUUUUACUCAUUACCUCACCUUGUCAAUAACCAAAGACUUAGACGUUAUACCAUUGGAGCACAGUCUACCCGAUCAACAUAAAUGGUUUCAAUCAACCGGAACCGUAACGAGUUAUUUGAAUGAAUUCACAAAGUCUCUGGAGGAACUGGACGAGUUCUACAGCAAUUUAAAUGCAAUCGACGAACUGUGCUUUGUCGUUGAUCCGCUUCAACCGUCGACCAAAAAUAACUUCAGAAUUUUCAAAAUCGAUGAAAAAUGUUUUGCCAAAAUUGUAAUGGAUCCCCUGGUACCAUCGUCAAUAACUGUGACAUUUAUUGGACCAACGAUGCGAGUAGAACAUUACCGAAAUAAAUACGAGGGCGAAAUUAGCAAUUGGGAUGACGACCUGGAUGUUCACAAAAAUCUUUUGAAGAUGUGCGGAUUGGUUUACUUUCCAAUGAGAACCAGCCAAGACGAAGAUGAUAUGCCGAGUUGCAGCAUUUGCGGAAUGUUUCGAUUGGACGACAGCAUUCCAAUGAUUACGUGCGACAACAGCAAGUGUGAUCUUCUGUUUCAUGUUGGAUGUUUGAAACAGUGGUGGUCAAUGUUUGCCGACAGUAAGACGUUUUUAUACAUUGAAUUGGGCACCAAAUGUCCCAUGUGUAAAGAGAAGUUAUCCGCAUCGUUUGAACAGUUGUUAACCGACAGAGACAAUUAUUGACAACAGAGCUCGGUAACAAGUGGAAAUUCUCUAAUUUAUUUUUCCAGUUGCCAGUUGUACACAUUAAAAUAUUGAUAAGAAUUA